UCACCUUGUACCGUAUAGUAUAUAAACCUGCUGAGAUAAUAAUAUUGCAGCACAUUGCUUCAAAAGCUACAGUAGUGAAAUCACGAAAGCGAAUCCAUGGCGAAUCCAAGAAUCUAUUGUGCAAAUGAUAAAGUACAAAAGAUUAGAAUAUCUUCUCUAAUCGAAGAAUUUGAGGACGUAAUGGAAAACAUACAACAUGGAAAGUGUAUGGACAUCGGUUGUGGUCCUGGAGAUAUAACAAAGGAAAUCCUAUUACCGGCUAUUGGCUCAAAUGCACAAUUAAUUGGUACGGAUAUUUUGGAGAGCAUGAUCAAAUAUGCGAAUGAAACAUUCAGUGACGAAAAACGGUUGCAAUACGAGGUAUUGGAUAUUGUAAUCAAAAAUUUGCCUAAGAAAUAUAUUUCUAAAUUUGAACAUAUAUUUUCAUUUUACACUUUGCAAUGGUGCAGCGAUAUUCGGUAAGUA